CACAUCUCCGGCCUUCUCCACAUAUCAUUCGAAGAAGCAGCAUCGUAUCAAAAACCACAUCAGAAUGUCUUCUUUAUCGAGAGACACAGUAGAGGAGGUGCGAGAGGUGUUCGAUUUGUUUGAUUUCUGGGAUGGUCGGGAUGGAGAUGUCGAUGCUUUCAAAACUGGUGAUAUGUUACGGUGUUUAGGUUUAAAUCCAACAGAAUCAACAGUAACAAAGAAUGGAGGAACCAAAGCCAUGGGUGAAAAAUCAUACAAAUUGGAAGAAUUUUUACCAAUUUAUGAAACAGUCACAGCUAUAAAAGACACAGGCACCUUUGCUGACUUUAAAGAAGCUUUUAAAACAUUUGAUCGUGAAGGUCAAGGUUUUAUUUCUUCAGCUGAAAUGAGACAAGUAUUAGUGUCCCUUGGUGAUAGAAUGACAGAUGCAGAAGUUGAUCAAAUUGUACAAUGCACUGACAUUAGAGAAGACUUUUGUCCAAUAAUUUUUAUUUCAGAAUUCAUCCAGAAGAUCUUGGACGGUCCCUACCCAGACAAGAAUUGAUCGGGAUGUAUGACGUAAUCAUGGCUACAAAGAUGAAAUAAUUAUUCCUCUCUCAUUAUAAAAAAAGUGACUUUUUCUUCACCAAUUAGAGUUCUAUUGAUAAAUUCUAGAUUUUUACUUUUAGCAGGUCCAAUCAACACAUCAUUAGUGAAAACGAAAUACCAUUAUAGAACAUAGUGCCAUAUAUUUGUAGUGUGUGUCACGUUUUUGACAUUUUACGAACUAAAGAUUUAUUUAUUUAUUAUUGAACUUAUAAGUCGCCGAUAGAUGGCGCCGUCGUGCAUGACGACUGAUUUAUCACGUGGUUAUGAUUAGUUUCGGUUUAGUCGACUAGGCUGUGUUAGUGAGAAAUUUUAUAAAAUGGGAAGAAAUUUAAUGGAAGAAGGGGUUUGAUAUUUUUUGUAAGGAAACCCAUGUAUUAUAACAUUGGUGUGAAUAGUGCAAUAAAAUAAAUCCCUUUGUAUACAAAAUAAAGUUU